UAAACCAAAAAACCAAAAAAAAAAUCGAGUUAACUAAAAAUGUUUCAAAUCCGCGUUUGUUCUCAACCUUUCAACACCACCACCGCCAUCGUUCUCUUUCUCUCUCCUCAUUCAACCCUAAUACGCAUCAAUUUGUUCUUCCAAAUCUCUGUUUCCCCUCUUUUUUCACCCUGAUUUAACCCCUGAAACCCUAAUUUUAACCAUUUAUUCACUCCUUAAAGGACUUAGGUCUUUUUUGUGUGACCUAAUUUCACGAUUGGUUUAAAUUGAAGCUUUAUAAAAGAAUUCGGUGCGAAUUCCUGAAUUUGUUAUGGAGUAUGCUCUAUCGGAUAGUAGUGGAACGGAUGAUGAUCUUCCACCACCUCAUCAAAAUAGAUUUGCUAGAAAUGCACGUGUAGCUGGGAAUGGACGAUCUGCAGUUCCUGCCUCUUCAUAUCCAAGGAUGCAGAAUAAUGACAUGGAAAGCCAAAUUCAUCUUAUUGAGCAAGAAGCAUACUGCUCUGUAUUGCGAGCCUUCAAGGCUCAAUCUGAUGCCCUUACUUGGGAGAAAGAAAGUUUAAUUACGGAACUCAGGAAAGAGCUGAGAGUGUCAGAUGAUGAUCACAGGGUUCUUCUUUCAAGGGUGAACAAUGAUGAUAUGAUCAAAAGAAUAAGAGAAUGGAGAAAUUCUAACGGGCACCAACAAGGCAUGCUUAGCUCUUUUCCGCCUGCUCAUGAAUCUGUUCCAAGUCCAACUGUUUCAGCCUCGCGUAAGAAACAGAAAACAGGGCAGUCAAUGUCAGCACUAUCUGGUGGUGGUGCACCUUCUCCUGCCAUGCAUCCGUCCUUGCAACCAUCUUCGUCAAACUUGAAACGUGGCCCACCUCCAGGAUUGCGAGGCAAGAAGGCAAAAGCAUCUAUGCAAUACCCGUCUCCCACUGUCACCGGAAGGCCACAGGUUCCCAGUCAUAGUACUUCAGGUACUUUUGGAGCUAAUGAGCCUGAAAAAGGUCAAAAGAUAGAUAAAUGUAUCGGGAAGAGAGUUUGGACAAGAUGGCCGGAUGAUAACCAUUUCUACGAGGCAGUAAUAACAGAUUUUAAAGAGGGUCGGCAUGCUUUAGUCUAUGAUAUGAAUACACCAGAAGAAGCAUGGGAGUGGGUCAAUCUCAAAGAGAUAUCGCCUGAAGACAUCAGGUGGGAGGGCGAGGAACCUGGAAUUCCUAAUAAAGGUUGGCGAGCUGGACAAGGUCGUGGUGGGUUUAAAAAGUCUUCAGCUCGCGGUGGUGCUGUAGCUGGUGGAGGAAGAGGUCGUGGAACCUUAAAGGGGCAGCCUAAGAAAGAUUUACUUUUGCCUCAAAACGGUAUUGGAAGAAAAGGAACAGGAGAUAUCGAAUUAUUAAAUACUGAUAAUCUAAUUAAAGAGGUGGAAAAAAUUUUUAGUGCUAAUCAUCCUGACCCAACGGAGGUCGAGAAAGCCAAGAAAGUUUUGAAAGAUCACGAGCAAGCAUUGGUCGAUGCCAUUGCUAGGCUACAGGAUGCAUCUGAUGGUGAAAGUGAUGGGGGAGAUCACCCCUUUCCGCAAGGAAAACCAAUGGAUCGAGAGCAAGGAUGGAGAAAACGACAGUAUGAUGAGAUAGGCGGAGAAGGUAGGGGAAGGGACGGUCCAGAUGGUGAUAAAGCCCGCGUUACAUCAGAAAAGAAGCAAGAAGCUUAACCUGCGUAAUACCCAAAAUUUGGCAAUUACCAGAUUGUACCAUUGUCCUGUAAGAAUCAUAGGUAAUGCUCAAGGAAUCAGGGGCAUUAGGUAGUCGAAGGCUGUAGAUUUUUGUAAUAGCGCCUCUUUUCAGUUCUGCGCUGCAACUGAACGAUAGAAGCUUUGUUCAUGUAUAUUUAUGUCAGAUUGAUGAUUUAUAUAGGAUUGUAGUAGUGUUCAUUAUUUUGCUUAACCACAUUGUAGCUCGACUUGGUGAAUGAUUGAAUGAAGCUAAUCUUUUACUCCA